AUGUCCGAGGGGGAGCCCGGCCUGCCGCCGUCGCUGCCGCGGCCACCCACGAACAUCCCCCGGCCAACGAAGCUCCAGCCCCCGGCAGUGGAGGAGAGGCGGCGUCGGGAGGCCUUGCGCGUCCUCCCCACCGCCACCGCCCCUUUGGGGCCUCUUCAGGUCGGUGCCGCCGCCGCCGCCGCUGUCCUGCGUGAGAUAGCCUCUUCUCCAGUCGGGGAGCCGCCCGCCUCAGCAGCUACAGUCGCAGGCGUGCCGGCCGCGUCGCCACCAAGGAACCACCGCCACCGCUGCAGCCGCCAUCUUGGGGAGCCCAGAGGCUACGGGAGGGGAGGAGCCCCCAGAGGGUCUCUCGUUUCUCCUCCUCCCCGGCCCCAGCCCGGUGACCGGCGCGCGGAGGCGGAGCGAGGGGAUGGAUCCGGAGGCUUUGGCCGCUCCUCCCCUCCUCCCGGCUCGCCCAGUGGGUCUCCCUCCCUCUUCCCCCGCCCCCGGCCCCGCUUCCUUCAGGCCCAUUUCAAGAUGGCGGCCCCGGCCGUCCGGCGCCCUUGGGGCAGCGGCUUGGCUGUGGGGCCGGAUCCCAUCCUCCCCGAGCUCUCCCGCUUGUCCCUUCCCCAGCCCCAACCCCAGGUGCUCCCCGCGCCGCUGGUGAUCUCUUAUCUCUCUUGGUUUUCAGAGAUCCCCUUGUAUUUUGUGGACUUGCAGGAUGACUUAGAUGAUUUUGGGUUUGAAGAUUAUGGGCCAGAUUGUGAUAGCAUGAGGAUAACUGCCUUCUUGGACAUUCCGGGACAAGAUAAUUUGACUCCAUUAGCCCGAUUGGAAAAGUAUGCCUUUAGCGAUAAUAUUUUCAAUCGACAGAUUAUUGCUAGAGGACUGUUGGAUGUCUUCCGGGACUUCAGUAAUAAUGAGGAAGAUUUCUUGACUGUAAUGGAGAUAGUGGUCAGACUGUCAGAAGAUGCAGAGCCUACAGUGAGGACAGAGCUGAUGGAACAAAUACCUCCUAUUGCCAUUUUCUUACAAGAAAGCCGACCAAACUUCCCAUUGGCAUUCUCUGAAUAUCUUAUGCCCAUUGUCGUGAGGUAUCUCACAGAUCCAAACAACCAGGUUAGGAAAUCAAGUCAAGAAGUAUUGUUAAUUCUAUUGGAACAGGAGCUAAUUUUUCAAAAUGAUAUUGAAAACAAAGUUUGCCCAAUACUCCUGGAACUUUCUGCUCCAGACAGUGGUGAUGAAUACAAAGCAGAAGCUGUGAAUAUAAUCUGCAAAAUGGCUUCAAUGCUGAGCAAAAACACAGUUGAACGCCUGCUACUUCCUCGAUUUUGUGAAUUGUGUGGUGAUGGAAAACUCUUCCAAGUUCGGAAGGUCUGUGCUACAAAUUUUGGGGAUGUCUGUAAUGCUGUUGGACAAGAAGCUACAGAGAAAUUUUUGAUCCCAAAGUUUUUUGAACUUUGCUCAGAUAGUGUUUGGGGAAUGCGGAAAGCUUGUGCUGAAUGCUUUAUGGCUGUGUCCUACACCACUUCAUCUGAAGUUCGGAGAACCAAACUAUCUCCUCUCUUUAUUAGUCUUAUCAGUGACCCUUGUAGAUGGGUGCGUCAGGCUGCUUUUCAGUCUCUUGGUCCAUUUAUUUCUACCUUUGCAAACCCUUCUAGUGCUGGUCUUUAUAUUCGAGAGGAUGGAACUCUAAGUAUCCGACCACCAGCACAGGAUAUAACUUCCACUUCAGGCUCCAUGGACAGUUGUGUCAAUAUUACAUCAUCUUGUUCAGGAAAUUCUGAACCCACAAAACCAGAUCCACUGACCGAAGGCACAUCAAUUGAAACUAGUAAUUUCCUGCAUAUUGAAAGUUCACACGUAAGUGGAAUGGAAAAGAGAAUGGCCUGCCCUGCUAGUGCUGAAGAAGAGUUGAUUAAAAGUUGCCAGAGUGACAGUUCUUGUGCAAUCAAGGAUGCUAAUGAUAGUCAAGUAAACAACUGCCAGGGACUGAAGAGAGCUUAUUCAGGAAGUUCUGAGGACAUAUUCAAUAAUUUUCUUUACUGGCGCACUCCUCUCCCAGAUAUCAGCCAGGAUUUAGAACUGCUUCAAACCAAGACUGAGCAGCAGGAAGAAGGAUGCUGUAUACCUGACACUGUGUGUAAAAACUGUGUUGCCAGUAGUGAAAUUAAAAAAGUAUUGGAAAGUUUACAGGAACAUAUGAUGAAUGAUCCAGAUGUCCAAGAUAUCAGCCAGGAUUUAGAACUGCUUCAAACCAAGACUGAGCAGCAGGAAGAAGGAUGCUGUAUACCUGACACUGUGUGUAAAAACUGUGUUGCCAGUAGUGAAAUUAAAAAAGUAUUGGAAAGUUUACAGGAACAUAUGAUGAAUGAUCCAGAUGUCCAAGAACAACAAAACAAAUUCUUAAAUCCUUACUGUAUUACAGCUCAGGUUCAGGUGUUAUCAGCUGCACUAAGAGCUGCCCAGCUUGACUCCAUAAGUGAUUCUGAAACUAAAACUGCACAAAAGUCCCAUGAAGAAGUACCCAAUUCAGACCCUAGAUCUUCUGCUGAAAAUCAGAACAUUAUCUCUUCUGUAUCAUCCCAAGAUGAGCUGUUUGUGGCCAGGGUAAUACAGAGCACAGAUUCUGAAAAACAUCUUAAUGGAACCAGUGAACAUUUGCAAAAAGAACAAAGAUCUGAACAUACCCCAUUUGAAGAUGAUAAAUCUAAGUUACAGGAUAUAAUCCCUCAGCCCUUAUUAGACCAGUACUUAUCAAUGACUGAUCCAGCCAGAGCUCAGACUGUUGAUACUGAUAUAGCCAAACAUUGUGCGUAUAGUCUUCCUGGUGUGGCUUUAACGUUGGGGAGGCAGAACUGGCAUUGCCUGAAAGAUACAUAUGAAACAUUGGCAUCAGAUGUACAGUGGAAGGUACGCCGAACACUAGCUUUUUCAAUUCAUGAGCUAGCUGUAAUUCUUGGAGAUCAGUUAACAGCUGCUGAUUUGGUGCCAAUAUUUAAUGGAUUCUUAAAGGAUUUAGAUGAAGUACGCAUUGGAGUUCUUAAACAUCUCUAUGAUUUUCUAAAGUUGCUUCAUGCAGACAAGAGGAGAGAGUAUCUUUACCAACUUCAAGAGUUUGUAGUUACUGACAAUAGUAGGAAUUGGAGGUUUCGAUAUGAAUUAGCAGAACAACUGAUCCUGAUUUUGGAACUCUACAGCCCUAAUGAUGUUUAUGACUAUCUAAUGCAUAUUGCACUAAAACUGUGUGCAGAUAAAGUUUCUGAAGUUCGGUGGAUCUCCUUUAAGCUAGUUGUAGCAAUUUUGCAGAAGUUCUAUUCAAACAAUGCAAGUGCUUUGGGAUUAAAUUUUAUCAAUGAACUCAUAAUCAGAUUUCGACAUUGUCCCAAAUGGGUUGGAAGGCAAGCUUUUGCAUUCAUUUGUCAGGCAGUGGUAAGAGAGGAAUGUAUACCUGUAGACCAGUUUGUGGAACACCUACUUCCCAGUCUUUUAAGUCUUGCUUCUGAUCCUGUGCCAAAUGUAAGGGUUUUGCUAGCCAAGGCCCUAAGACAAACACUACUGGAAAAAGCUUAUUUUAGAAAUGCUGGUAACCCUCAUCUUGAAGUUGUUGAAGAAACUGUAUUAGCCUUGCAGUCAGACAGAGACCAGGAUGUUUCCUUUUUUGCCACCCUAGAGCCAAAACGAAAUAUUAUGGAUACAGCUGCUCUAGAAAAACAGAAUUAAUUUGCUUUAAAUCUGAAUUAUGAUUGUAUAACCUUCAUAUCAUUUUAUGGUAACAAUGAAGAAGGGGAACUGUUUUGUAUCUGCCUGAAGAGAAAAGACUUCUUAUCUUAUAUUCAUAACACUUACUAAAUGAAAACUGUCAUCUGCAGCAACAUACAUUUCAUAUUGGACAGUUACUUAUUUCAGUUAUGCUGUGCCUACUUUGCUUUUGCCUUUCCCCUAUGAAAAUGAGCCAAUACUGUGUAGAUCUUUUUAGUUUGAUGCAUAACCAGAAUCUUCAUACCAUCAGAUUGCCUGAUAGUAAUUUUAUACCAUAUUAUUUAAAAUUAUUUUUCAUAAUAAAGUAGUUUACUACCAGCUUUAAAGCCUGAAGUUUAGUAAACUUGUAUAUUUUGAUGCACUGAUACCCCUUUUUAAUAUAGUUUAUGGUGUCACAUUUUAUUUUACCUGAAAUAUUGUACAUAUGUGAAUAAUUCUUGGCCAGAAGAAAAUAUAUUAUUCCAGUGUCAACCUCCUAUCACUAAAACCUUAUAAAUACACCAUUUUCAUUUAUACUCUACUUUGUUGUUGCAAAUUAGCCUGAUUUGUGUUUGCUUUUGAAUAUACAUAAUAUUUUCUUAAAUGUACUAAAGAAAAUGUAUAACAACUUUUUAUAUUGUAGUUUUUAUUCUUAUAAACUGUUAUUGGAACUUUCUUAAGCACUUAAUUAUUUCUCUUGCUGCUGGAACUAUAUUAUAUUCAUAAGUGUACAUAUUGGCCAUUCACAGGAAUAAAAUGAUAUAAAAACAAUUCAUUGGUUAUGUUAGCACAUUUAUGAAUAUGAAAGGAAAUUUUCUGGUUGAAAUGUACCGGUAGUAACUAGCCAUAGUUCUUGAAAUUGAACAGAAGUAGGAAACAAUGCAGGUAACUAAUAACUAAUCAAUAUGCAU